GUGGACUUGUGUGGACUUCGCUUGAUUUGCUGGGGGCGCCCUCGGAGCCGGCCCCGGCUCCCUCCCGCCCCGGGGGUCCCACGCCCGGCGGGGCCGCCCCCGCGGGGGUCCCCAGCAUGGAGGUGGCCGAGCCGCAGCCCCUGGGCCUGUUCCCCGAGGACGAGCUCAUGUCCGUGGGCAUGGACACCUUCAUCCACCGCAUCGACUCCACCGAGGUCAUCUACCAGCCCCGCCGCAAGCGGGCCAAGCUCAUCGGCAAGUACCUCAUGGGGGACCUGCUGGGCGAGGGGUCCUACGGCAAGGUGAAGGAGGUGCUGGACUCGGAGACCCUCUGCCGGCGCGCCGUCAAGAUCCUCAAGAAGAAGAAGCUGCGGCGGAUCCCCAACGGGGAGGCCAACGUGAAGAAGGAGAUCCAGCUGCUGAGGCGCUUGCGGCACCAGAACGUCAUCCAGCUGGUGGACGUGCUGUACAACGAGGAGAAGCAGAAGAUGUAUAUGGUGAUGGAGUACUGCGUGUGCGGCAUGCAGGAGAUGCUGGACAGCGUGCCCGAGCGCCGGUUCCCGGUGUGCCAGGCCCACGGCUACUUCUGCCAGCUGGUGGACGGCCUGGAGUACCUGCAUAGCCAGGGCAUCGUGCACAAGGACAUCAAGCCGGGCAACCUGCUGCUCACCACGGCCGGGACCCUCAAGAUCUCCGACCUGGGCGUGGCCGAGGCCCUGCACCCGUUCGCCGAGGAUGACACGUGCCGGACAAGCCAGGGCUCCCCCGCCUUCCAGCCCCCCGAGAUCGCCAACGGCCUGGACACCUUUUCGGGUUUCAAGGUGGACAUCUGGUCGGCAGGGGUGACGCUCUACAACAUCACAACGGGCUUGUACCCCUUCGAGGGGGACAAUAUCUACAAACUGUUCGAGAACAUUGGCAAGGGCGACUACAGCAUCCCGGGGGACUGCGGGCCGCCACUCUCUGACCUGCUCAGGGGGAUGCUGGAGUAUGAGCCAUCCCGGAGGUUCUCACUGCAGCAGAUCCGGCAGCACAGCUGGUUCCGCAAGAAGCACCCGCCGGCCGAGGCGCCGGUGCCCAUCCCGCCGAGCGCAGACUGCCGGGACCGCUGGCGCGGGAUGACGGUGGUGCCCUACCUGGAGGACCUGCACGGCUGCGCCGACGACGCCGAUGAGGACCUCUUCGACAUCGACGACGACAUUGUCUACACUCAGGACUUCACGGUGCCAGGUCCCGGAGGAGGGCUCCGGCCAGAACGGACAGAGCUGGGGCCUGCCCAAGGCCGUGUGCAUGAACGGCACGGAGUCGGCGCAGCUGAGCGGCCGCCCCCGGGCCGAGCGCAGGGCCAGCGCCAACUCCACCCCGGCGCGCAAGGCCUGCUCGGCCAGCAGCCGCCUGCGCCGCCUGUCGGCCUGCAAGCAGCAGUGAGCGCAGCGCCCGCAGGCGAGCUCCAGGAGCCACAGCCCAGGCCCCCCGGCUUCCCGCCCCAGGCCGGGGUGGCGCCUCGGCCGCGGUGCCGGCCAGGGCCAGCGGACACUGGGGUCCGGCCCCGCGGGCCCGGCCAGGCGCGCGCCCCGCCCGUGGACUUGGCCACAGAUGCCCAGCCGGGCCCCGGAGUGGAGGAGGAUGCGCCCUGUGUGGGGCCAGGGACCCCCGCCAUGCACUUUACGUUCCAACACUGGUUCGCGCCGGCCCGGACGCCCGUCGCCACGCCGCUCCCCGGGGACGCCGCGGGGCUGGUGCGGGGAACCUGCCAGCAGGAUGCAUGCCCAGCCCCCGAGGGAGCCGGGCGGCUGUCUCGUUUCGUUUGGUUGGUUCUUUUAUUUCUUUUUUUAAGAAAAAAAAAUAAAACAGGUGGAUUUGAACUGUGGUCCUGAGGGCUGUCUGGGAGUGCCGGGGUCUCCCAGCGCGG